UCCUGUCCUUUGUGUGUGGUUUAAGUUGCCACAGCUAGCCUCCUUCUGACCACAUCUAGGCCUUUCCUUCCUUUUCUGUUCAUGUUAUUUCCCAUCGGAAACAGUGGGUAUUCUGAUCUGAGAUGUCAGCAAGAUUUCCCUAUGCCUUUGCCAGGAUUGUGUGUGGAAAAAAAGUGGAGGUCUGGUUAUCAUAUAUUUUUCGGGAAUAUGGGACCUGGACACAUAAAUGCAGGAAAACCAGGUUUAGAGGCCUAAAUGGGUCUUGGUAGGAGAUGGAGGAAGUGGAGGAGUUCUAAUUUCUUGCCUUAAUUUUUCGAGGUUCUUGCCUCAGCUGAAAAUGGCUUGAGAUUCUGGAGAUUUUCAAGCCAGAGAGUUGAGAGAAUUCUCUGGGCUGCAUCACCCAGUUCCACAGUAUUUCUUGGCAUUCAGUUACUGAAUUCUUAACCACAUUGGAAACAUCCUGGGAGACCUUUUCCGAAAGCUAAAUUGGGAGACAACGUGACAACAGUGCUGAGAGAUGGUGCUCUUCCACUGGGUCCUCUGUCCGUGUUUCGUGACCUCAGAAAACCAGCAGGAUGGCUGCCAACAAGAGUAAGAGCCAGAGCUCCUUGGCCCUUCACAAGGUGAUCAUGGUCGGCAGUGGCGGGGUCGGCAAGUCGGCACUGACGCUCCAGUUCAUGUACGAUGAGUUCGUAGAAGACUAUGAACCCACCAAAGCGGACAGUUACAGAAAGAAAGUGGUUCUUGAUGGCGAGGAAGUCCAGAUAGAUAUUCUGGACACGGCUGGCCAGGAGGACUACGCAGCCAUUCGAGACAACUACUUCCGAAGUGGGGAGGGUUUCCUCCUCGUGUUCUCAAUCACAGAGCAUGAAUCCUUUACAGCAACUGCCGAAUUCAGGGAGCAGAUCCUCCGUGUGAAGGCAGAAGAAGAUAAAAUCCCGCUGCUGGUUGUGGGGAACAAGUCGGACCUGGAGGAGCGGAGGCAGGUGCCAGUGGAGGAGGCCAGGGCCAAGGCCGAGGAGUGGGGCGUGCAGUACGUGGAGACGUCGGCCAAGACGCGCGCCAACGUGGACAAGGUGUUCUUUGACCUAAUGAGAGAGAUCAGAGCAAAGAAGAUGUCAGAAAACAAAGACAAGAACGGCAAGAAAAGCAGCAAGAACAAGAAGAGUUUUAAGGAGAGGUGCUGCUUACUGUGAAGGCUAAGGUGCUGGGUGCAUCAGUCGCCACUAAGGACAGAGGGCAGGCUCCUCAGAAGGCGACAGUCCACCUCUCGGCCUGUUCCCUGCUCUCCCCAGCCUCACUCACACACACUUCUGUAAAUGGGGAAAAUAUCUGUGCAGCAGUGGCUGGCAGAAGAAAGAAGCCCUUGACUGUGCAAUGGAACAGCUCCUUUGUCAGGAGGUUUCAGAGUUUCUUCCCUCCAUCCCUUCCACAAGUUACCCGCAUAUGUGGUGCUAUAGGCAGGAGUUAGCCAAGUGUUAAGUAAAAAGAAAAAGGACUAUAUCCUGGCUUCUGUCCCCACCCCCUAGUUUUGUAACAUUAGCUUCUUUGGUUUUAACAUGAAAAUGUCUUAUUUUAUUAGGUCUUGACAGCUAGGGGGUGGCUAAGACCUCCCCCCACCCCCCAACCUCUGUCAGCUCUCCAGUAGGUCUCAGAAACAUGCAUUAGGUUCUAAUGACGGCGGAACAUUCAGAGAUUUUUCUGUAUGAAUCUCUUAGCCAUCCCCUGUGGGUCUGAAGCAGAGCUAAGAAAAUAAAUUUGAAUUGGACCAUGUGGGUUCAUAUGAAAUCCUUCUCAGUAUGAAAAGUGAAAGUCGUAUUCUUCAUAUUGAAAGAUCAGCCAAUGGGAGUCUGUGUUGGCUAUUUUCCUCCUAUAGCAUCCUGAUUUUUCUGUAAGAGCUUUUUAAUAGACUAGGUGAAGGCUCGAGAGCAAAAGUCUAUAUAAAUGAUACAAUUUUUUCUAAUCAGAAUUUAAAACAGAAUUCUUUGGCAGAGUCCUCUUCUAGCCUCCAGUCCUGCGGGCGGGCCCCGCCUCCUGCACCAGGAGCCAACAGCUCUGUCCUGUCAGCUUCUCGCUGUUUCAUCCCGUGUGACCCGAGUUCCUCUGAAGGACGUGAGGAAUUAAGGUGGCAUUCUAAAACCGCAAAGCCAGGGCCUGUGCCAGACACCCCACCUCCUCCCGUGGGAAUUGCUCAUGACUCUGAAUUUCAGUUAGAAGUGGGGAACAAUGAGAGCAGCCAUCUCCCCUUUUACCUCUGAGCACUGGCUACUGUUUCUAAUAUGCAUUUGUUUCUGAGACAGCCGUGGAGUUAGAAGAUUUUUAUUGGUGAGAUGGUUCAUCUUUCUUGUAUCAAUAUGCUAAAUCCAGCUGUCAGAAAAUUUUUCAUCAGGCACAGAGUACUGUGAUUAAAAACCUUGUGCUCAGCACAUUUUCCCCCCAUUUUGCAGAAGUGACAUUUCACAUACAGGUGCCAAAAGUGAAUCGGGGUGGGGAGAAUGGGAACCUUUGGGAUUUAUGGUUAUGACAAAUUGUAGAAAUUAUGAUCCAACUGGAAAACCAUCUUGUAUCACCUUCCACAGAAUCAUGGGCUUUUUGAAUAAAAAAAAAAAAAAAGGCAGACAAAUA